AUGGAGAGGCUGUUGCUGUGUCUGAUGCUAGCGGUUGCCAUGGCGGUGAGGGCACAAAUCUGCCCAAAGCGCUGCGUGUGUCAGAUCCUGUCACCCAACCUGGCGACCCUUUGCGCCAAGAAAGGUCUCCUGUUUGUACCGCCGAACAUCGACCGGCACACCGUGGAGCUGCGACUGGCCGACAACUUCGUCACAAGUGUGAAGAGGAAAGAUUUUGCAAACAUGACACGGCUGGUGGACCUAACACUAUCCAGAAACACCAUCUCCUACAUCACACCUCAGGCCUUUACCGAUUUGGAAAACCUCAGAGCUCUACACCUCAACAGCAACCGGCUGACGAGGAUAGGCAACGAUACGUUCAGCGGGAUGUCCAAGCUUCACCACCUGAUUCUGAACAACAACCAGUUGGUGCUGAUCCACCAGGGAGCGUUCAACGACCUGCUGGCGCUGGAAGAAUUGGACCUGAGUUACAAUAACCUGGACACUAUUCCUUGGGAGGCCAUCCAGAGAAUGAUUAGCCUCCAUACGCUGAGUUUAGAUCACAACAUGUUGGACUAUAUUCCAGAGGGAACAUUUUCCCUGCUACAGAAACUCAACCGGCUGGACGUCACAUCCAAUAAACUCCAAAAGCUGCCACCGGACCCACUUUUUCAACGAGCACAGGUCCUGGCCACGUCGGGUAUCAUGACCUCCACCUCGUUUGCCUUGUCCUUCGGGGGGAACCCUCUCCACUGUAACUGCGAGCUACUGUGGCUGCGGAGACUGAACAGGGAGGACGACCUGGAGACGUGCGCAUCCCCCCUGCAGCUCUCUGGCCGAUACUUCUGGUCCGUCCCAGAGGAGGAGUUUAUCUGCGAACCGCCUCUCAUCACCCGAUACUCCCAUGAGAUGAGGGUGCUUGAAGGGCAGAGAGUUACGCUCAGGUGUAAGGCGAGAGGUGACCCAGAACCAGCCAUCCACUGGAUCUCUCCUGAGGGCAAACUGGUGUCUAACUCCUCCAGAACGUUGGUCUACAGCAACGGCACGCUGGACAUCCUCAUCAGUACCGUCAAAGACACGGGCUCCUUCACUUGCAUCUCCUCCAACCCCGCCGGCGAAGCCCACCAAACCAUCGACCUGCUCAUCAUCAAACUCCCCCACAUCUCCAACAACACCAACAACAUCCAGGAGCCCGACCCGGGCUCGUCGGACAUCUCCACUUCCACCCGAGGCGGAGUCAACGGGAGCAACGUGACGGGCGACGUGAAAGGCGGCGUGGAUAAGAGGGUGGUGACGGCCGAGGCCACGUCCUCAACGGCGCUGAUAAAGUUCAACUUCCAGAGGACGGUUCCAGGCAUUCGGAUGUUCCAGAUCCAGUACAACGGGAGCCAAGAUGACUCGCUGGUCUACAGAAUGAUACCGCCAUCCAGCAAGAAUUUUCUGGUCAACAAUCUUGCAGCAGGCACCCAGUAUGACCUCUGCGUUCUGGCCAUCUACGAUGACGUCAUCACCUCUCUGACAGCGACGCGAGUCGUUGGCUGCGUGCAGUUCACCACCGAGUCGGAGUACAUGAGGUGUCAUUUCAUGCAGUCUCAGUUCCUCGGCGGGACAAUGAUCAUCAUCAUCGGAGGGAUAAUCGUAGCUUCGGUGCUAGUUUUCAUCAUCAUUCUGAUGAUACGGUACAAGGUCUGUAACCCCGGCGAUGGUGGGAAAGGCGUUUCACUGUCGAUGACCAACGUUCACUCCCAGACCAACGGGCAGCAGUCACAGGGCUGCACCGUGACGCCCAGCUCCUCUAAACACGCCGCCAUCGGAUUAGACGACCUCUCCGCAGGCGCAAAGAAACGGAGCGGGGCGGCAGGAGGAGGAGGAGAGGUGUGCAAGGAUACGAUAACUCAGUCGUCCGACUCGUCCCUGCCUGACUGCUCCACGACCACGUCGGUCCUCAGCCAGCCGUGGGGGGCCAGAAGUCCAGCGGACGAGGAGAGAGCUCGAGCCGGCGUCACGUCGCCCAACGGCGCCACCGGUUCACUGACCAAGACAAAGCGCAAGGCCGAAAACCUCGCCUCCCCCUCCCCUCGGCCUCCUUCCUCCUCCUUAUCCACGGCCUCCUCUGCUCUCCUCCCCUCGACCCCUCUGGAGAACCUCAACACCAACCGCAACAACUCCACCUCGCUUAACCAAAGCCCAUCUUCCUUCUCCCCUCCCACUUUCUCCUGCCCCGGCGCCUCCCAGAGCCCCUCCACCUCCAACCGAUUUAGAGAGACCCCCAUCCUGCGCAGGGCUCCCCGCGCCGGCUCCUCCGCCUCCGCCAAGUACCAGACUCUCCCUGUGGAGGAGGCAGGGAGGAACAGGGCGAGGAGGAGGUACUCGCUCAGUGAAGGAGGCUCAAAGACUCACUCGUCCCACAAGGGGGCGGGCGGAGCAUCCAAAAUAGGGCGCACAGUGCGGAACAAAAGGAGCCAAUCAAUGAGCGGCAUUCUGCUCCAGAAAGACGGGGACGGAGACUCAGAAAAAGGGCGGUGCGAUUCGGACUGGAUCUUAGAAAGCACGGUUUGAACUGGAACGAGGCAGCGAAGCACACGAUCAACUUUGAGUCAGUCGUAUUUGUUCAUCUUUUGAAUGUGUGAGGUUUUGUGUGUUACUUUGAAUUUCCCUAGAUGUGUGCGCGUGACGGCUGAUGUGUGUUUGUGUGUUGUUGAGAUUUUGGAUGUGGGUUUCUUUGAUGUGUGUGCGUUGGAACCUGUGUCUAUACAUGCUUGAAAGGGGGGUCGGAUCGUGUGUUCCUGGGUGAAAGUGUGGACAUAUUUUUAUUUUUCAGUCUGUUUUUUAAAAUUAUUUUCAUGAUUUUUCUCUGCAACACUUUGUUUACGGUUGUCGUUUUUUCACCCAAACCGUUUCCAGUGGUUCAGUCAGCGAGUGGAGAGCUCGCCUUGUCUCGUAGCGUUGAGUUGUCUCGUUGGUUCCACUUUAUAGCACAAAACAAGACAAUGGGCUCGCCACAUCAUUUCCCGAUUCACACUCACCGUGUCUGAAAAUACCACAAAAAGGGAAAUAUUACAGAAAAAAAAAAGAGGAAUGAAAAAUCAAUCGAAAAACUGCAAAGCACACCGUUCUCACGCUCACACGCCCACAGGACCACAGCAAGAGAAUAGCAGUCGGUGCCUUCUUUUGCACUUACGAACCCUCUGACAGAUGAUAUCUCCCGUUUUAGGACUCGACUGUGCUCCCCGAGCGAGGAACUGGGACCAGAGAGAGUUCACACAAAGCCUUUCUUACCUACGGAGGAAUAAAGGCGUCUCUUGACACAAACUGAGACAGAAAGCAACAGACAAAUGAAGACUUUAACAGACCUCUUAUGAAAUUGAUAUUUUUUAAACAGAAGAAUGAAAAAAAAAAAAAAAACUAAAAGCCGUGUGAGCUUUGCACUGACAUUGGUAUAAUACAGCCUGUGUGGGUCACAAGCUCCCGCAAAGAUUCUGUACAGAAAAAGACAACAUGUACUGUGUUGUUAUGUUGUGUAAAAUAAAAAGGGAUCAAAUGAG